AUAUAUAGCACAAAGAUACGUAAACUCAUUUUUAAGAUUGAAAUGUUGCAAAUGCUUCUAAUAUUUCUUAAAAUAAACUUAAUCUUCUAUUUAAUAUUGCGACCUGUCAAUGGAAACAGUAUCAAAUCUUUUGUUAAUCCAUCGAUGUAUGUCGAAAAUAAUAAAUUGCAAAAAGAAAAGGCAUUGGCUCUUAUUAACGAAUUUAGCGAAAAUUUAAAAAAUAUAUCUGGUAAAUGCAUGGAUGUAGGUUGUGGUCCGGGAGAUGUAACAAAAAAUAUUUUUUUGCCGGCACUUAAUUCAAAUGCGGUAGUAAUCGGUACAGAUAUUUCGGAAAGUAUGAUUGAAUAUGCAAAUAGAAUGUCUAGUGUGAAAAAUCGACUCAAAUAUGAAGUAUUAAAUAUAGAAACUAAACAAUUACCCAACCAGUACAUUUCAGAAUUUGAUCACAUAAUCUCACUGCACAGUUUGCAUUGGUGCAACGAUAUUCGACAAGCGUUUAAGAAUAUUUAUCGUAUGCUUCGAUCUAAUGGAACAAUGCUUGUACUUUUUGCGGCAACGGAAGACAUUUUUAAAAUUCUUGACAUUAUGGCACAAGAUAAAGAUUAUGCACCAUACAUGUCGGAUAUAAAAAAAUAUACCUGGCCAUUUCAAGACUCAGUCAACCCUCGCAGUGAAUUAAAAGAAUUACUCGAAGAAAUCGGAUUUACAAUUAUUCAUUGCAGUCUUCGAGAAACACACUUUGUCGCUGACAAUCCGGACCAGUUUUUAUCUAGUAUUAUAUCCUUCCUCGAAUUUAUUAAUAAAAUGCCAUGGGACCGAAAAGAAAAAUUCAAGAAAGACCUCAAACAAAAAUAUUCAGAAAUGAACAGCUGUAAACAAAAUAAUGACACAAUUAUAUUAGAUCUGUACAAUGUAUUAAUAGCUUUUGCACAAAAACGUAUACCAUGAUUAUAUGUAAUCUAUUAAUUGCUUAUAUUUAUAACUUAAUUUCUAUUUGUGAAAUUUAUAAUUAUCUGUUUAUUUUAUAUCAUAAACAAUCCAUAAACAAUUUAAUAGAUGUACAUUUGUAUAAUAAAUAUUUUUAAAUUUUA